AGGCGGUGGCGGAGGAAGAGGAGGAGGACGAGGAGGACGAUGUCGGAACUUCUGGUCUACAGGACAGUGCGAAUUCGGCUUCAAUUGUCGCUACGAGCAUCAUCCGAACUAUGCUCAUCAGGUCAGCAUCGACGAGCUCGCCCAGCAAACUUCUCUUCUCGCGGUCGACGACGGACCGGCGUUCCAAGCUCGAGACGCCUACUCUGCAAGCACCGACUUGGUUCUCUUUCCGCGAAAGUCUCUUCUUCCCUCUCAGGCUCAGAGAAUCCUCUUCAACGCUGCUCAGGAUGGCCUGAGGCUCGAAUCGUCCUCGAAGAUUUACGAGCUCGGUGAAGUACUCAUGGCCGGACGGGAACAGUGCGAGUAUUUCACAGACGAGGAUCGAAUCCUUCAACUCGGCAGAAUCGCGCAAAACCCCGGAAAUCUCCUCCUUCGGCUGGGCGAGAUUCUCCGUCAUCGUAACGUUGUUUUCGAGUUUACUUCGACUGGACCUCUGUCUGCCUCCAGCCUUUCCUUCCAGAGAGGUUAUCUCCCUUUCUUUUCUUACCUUUCAUCCAGCCAUGUUCUCAGCACUACGGUUGAAAGAGAUGUCGCGUCGCUUUACUCACUGCUUCAAGCCAACAUCACGAUCGUCUGCUCGAACCUUACCUCAGUUCUCGAUAGCAUCGUUCGAGUGAAAAGGGUAGAAAGUGCCCGAGCAUCGGCUCUCAAGGUCGAGCUAUCGAGUCUUCUCCAGAUCAUCAAACCGCUUGUUACGGUUUUCUCCGAGUAUCUUGCUAGACAUCGUAACGCCGCUGCGUCCUUCCCGGAGGUUCCUCAGCUCAUCUACCACAUCAGAAGCAUCUUCUCCGUCUGGAAUGACGACCUUCUGAUGUCUCCUGCAAGCUUUGUCGACUCCAUAUCCCGGUUGCCUGACGAAGACCGAGACUUCGUCCUGAAGCAGCUUUCUCAUCAGCUUGAGGCGCUCUGCUCGACCGUCGAUCGCGAGACAGGCAGGGUCAAACUACCCUCUGGAACGAACGUUGCGAUUUCGAAUGACUCGCUUGGCGAGGGACAGAUCGCAGCGUUGCAAAGAGUUUUCACGGGACCGGGAGGAAGGCACGACAACGAUCGCCCGGCAAUCCAGGAUAUUCAGAUCGCACCUACCCAUCAAGAGUUGAUGUGCGACGAUAAAUAUUUGCCUUACAACGUCCCUAACGCACCUCAUCCAAUCGAAGCGGGUCGAAUUGAACGCGUUUUAGAUGUUCAGUUCCGUUUGCUGAGGGAGGAGCUGAUUGGUCCGCUGCAGGAGUCUCUCAAGCUCAUUUUCGAGGACCUGAGAGCACCAAACAUAGCUACUACUCAUAUCGGACGCUUAAUAAGAGAGAAGGGAGGAGUGUAUCGACGGGAAAACACCUACAUUGAGGUGUUCACCAACACUGUCUUCGAGUCCUUCUCGCUUAUUCGAGCUGGCUUUGCUGUGGGUCUCUCGCUCGAUAAGCCGCCUUCAUCUCGAGGGAUGUCAGCGAAAGAUUUCUGGGAGGGCAAGAAGGGUCUGUCCAGAGGACUUUUGGUCGGUCUGAUCUUUCGAGGUCAAGUCUACCUCGGGGUAGUUGAGAGUGACGUCCGAUCUCGCGGACAACGAGGUACCCUUGAUAUCGUCUUUUUCAGGUCAAGCAUUGCCAUGAAAGCAGCCGAGGCCAUCAAAAAACAUCAGACACAGGAAGAACCCAUGCUGCUUAUCAAAUCACAAGUUCUUUACGCCUCCGUCGCACCUUACCUCACCUCGCUUCAAACAGCGAAUCCAUCCACGAUUCCCUUCGCCGAUAUCAUUGCCUCCCCCGAUCUCGCCGCUUCUCCUCGAAUCGCUUUACCAGUUUACGCUUCCGUUCCUGGUUUCACAUGGGAUAUCUCCUCCGUACUGAAGCCAAACUACCAACCGAAUGUGAAGCACACCUUCAAUCCGGCCGAUUCGACAAGCGUCCUCUCGGCUCGAGAACUCAUGCGCGAGCAUAGUGUUUUCGAUGGGUCUCAGGCUGAAGCGGUGAUCGAUGUGCUUACGCGAUCGGUCGCCUUGGUCCAAGGCCCUCCAGGUACUGGCAAGACAUUCGCGGGAGUUGAACUCGUGAAGGUUCUCUUGCGAAACAAGGUCGGACCUAUCAUUCUAAUCGCGUAUACGAAUCAUGCUUUGGACAAUAUCCUCCACGAUAUUAUCGAAAAAGGUAUUACAAAAGACGUCGUCAGACUCGGCUCUCGCAGCAAGGACGAUCUCGUGUCCUCCUACUCCAUCGAGGAGCUCGAGAAACUACAGCCUCUCACUCGCAACCUUCAGCGGGAAUCCGCGACUACUUGGCACCGGAUGAAGGACCUCGCCAAAGAAAUGGAGGAGAUUCAAGCAAGGAUCUCUCGUCGUGAUUUGUCGCUCCAUGAGGUGGAAGAAUGGCUAGAACUCAACCAAGCUGACCAUCACGCUUCGCUGAUCGAAGAUGCGCCUACCUGGAUCCCCUAUCUACUCGACCACCUCGCUGUGGACGAGCAGGACGGAUUCGAGAAGGUACGACGAGGCAAAAAAUCCUCGAGACUGGACGAGCCGACGACAGCAUUCUCGAUUUGGAAAGACUCGAUCGAUCUCGACACGAUUUUCGCCCUCGGUCAACCGCAAACGUCGAAGCCUAUCAUCAAGCCGACACCUUGGAAAGCCUCAGAUUUCGAUCAGUCUAACGCUUUCAACCUCCUCGACGAUGAUGACGGGCUGGACGAUACCGAUGAUGUCGAUCAGGACUGGGCUUACAUGGCCGCUUCUGCCGCCUCUAGUCAGACAGACCUCAGCUUGACUCCCGCCGACGACAUCCCGUCACCUGUCUUGCCCCCUUCCAGCAAGCUAGACGUUCUCUCGUCCCCUUUUUCAAGCGCGUCUAGCUUCGUUGCUGCAUUUGGACCGAUUCCUAGGAUUCCGUCUUCAAAGAAGUCGAUCGAAACGCUCGAGGGAGAGCCGCUCUGGUCCAUGUCGAAAGACGAAAGGGGCAGACUCUUUGCUCAUUGGUACAGCCGAGCAUGGGAGGAAUCGUCCGAACGGCAAUUCGCUAAGUUGGACAAGGCUAGGAAGGAACACGAAAAGGCUAGGCAAGAGAACGAACAACUUCGAACUCAGAAUCGACUCUCGCACCUCUCCCGCUGCCAGAUCCUUGCUUGUACGUCAUCUGGAGCAGCCAAGAUGGCACCGCUUAUCAAGGGAUUCAAGCCUAAGAUCAUGAUCGUCGAAGAAGCAGGACAAACACUCGAGUGCCAUGUGGUCGCGACGCUGUCGAGUACGAUCCAGCAUCUCAUUUGUAUCGGCGACCCGCUUCAACUGCGGCCAUCGAUAAAUGCUUAUCAUCUUUCCGUUGAGAACACUCGGGGUCUGGGUAACAAGCUGUAUCGUUUCGACGUCUCGCUCAUGGAAAGACUUGCCGAUAACGGUCUCGAAAUGUCCCAACUUCAAGUCCAACGUCGAAUGGCUCCUCAGAUAUCUGACCUCAUUCGCCAAACUCUUUACCCCAGCCUCGAGGAUCACGAGACCGUGCUCGCCCGGCCACCUGUUCGAGGAAUGGCUGAGAAUGUCUUUUUCCUCCAUCAUGAGCACAGAGAAGGCGGCGGCAAGGCAACUGGUGAUGUCUCGAAGCACAAUGACUGGGAGGUAAAAAUGGUCGUGGACCUGGUCCGCUACCUUCUUGCUCAAGGUAUAUACAGCAAGCCGAAGAGCAUUGUCGUCCUCACUAUGUAUUUAGGACAGCUUUCAAAGCUGAGGAUGGCCCUUAAUGGCCUUACCACUGUCGUUGUCGACGAGCGAGAUGAGAGUGCUCUCGCAACAUUGGAGGAGGAUGCGCAACUUCCGGUCGACUCGCUUGUUCAUCAAGAGGCCAUCACAUCUCAGGUCUUGCUCAGAACUGUUGAUAAUUAUCAAGGAGAAGAAGCGGACAUUGUUAUUCUUUCGACCGUUCGAAACGCCGGCCCGGCAAGCCUGCUCGAUGGAGGAUCGCGAGGGAUCGGCUUCCUCAAGAGUCCAAACCGAGUGAAUGUCGCCCUCUCGCGAGCCAAGUCUGGCCUCUACAUCCUCGGUCAUGCGGAGCAACUCGCUUCCGCCACACCUAUGUGGGAAUCGGUCGUCAACCAACUAGACGCAAGGAAACAGCUAGGACCUUCGAUCCCGAUCCGCUGCCAUAAUCAUCAUUCGCAGGUUACGUGGAUCCAAGAACCAGGGCAAAUUGAGCUUGUGGCGCCAGACGGAGGAUGCCUUCGCCCUUGCGGCUUCAAGCUUGAUUGCGGCCAUGUUUGCUCGUCCUGCUGCCAUGCCGAUUCACACGCCGCAGUCCAAUGCCGCCGGAACUGCUCAAAGCUCUUACCUGCUUGCGGGCAUCCCUGUCUUAACGUAUGCUCCGAUCCUUGCGGUCCAUGCUCAAUUCCGGUCUCGGACGUCAAGCUACCAUGUGGACAUGUAGUCUCAUCCGUCUCAUGCUCGCUUGCACAAACUCCCGACCGGAUCGAGUGUCAAGUCCCGGUAGUCAAAAAGCUCAUCUCGUGCGAACACGAGGCCGUCGUAUCGUGUUCAACCGACCCCUCUACUAUCACUUGUGGAGCCAUCUGUGGGAAGGGCCUGGGGUGUUGCUCGAAGACCUGCAAGGCCACAUGUUCGACCUGCUCCUCGCUUAGGUCAAACGUCGCUCGCCGACCCGAUGGAACCGAUAGGGAGAUUCCUCGAGUUGACCACAUCCCCCACAGCUGCGGAAGGUCCCUAUUCUGUUCGCACGAUUGUAUCGCCAGCUGCUCGUCCAAGCACCGCUGCGGUCCCUGUCAAUCGACCAGGCUUCGAACGUGCUCACACGACGCGCCCCUGCGCUGUUCGGGUCUGGACGCACCUUGCAAGGAAACAUGCUCCUGGAAAGCGUGCGAGCACGGUCGGCCUGCCUGCCCUCUGCCUUGCGGGUCGGCCUGCUCUCGUCUUCCUUGCGACGAACGUUGCUCUCAAAUUUUAGAUUGCUCUCACCGAUGCUCAAGUGUUUGUGGCGAGAUGUGCUUCUGCGCCGAAUGCGAACCCUCUUCUCGCCAGGACGAUGUAGUGGACGUUUUGAUGCAACGGACUCUCGAAGAUGUCGUACAGAGCCAAGCCGGUGGAGCAGGCGACAUGGACGACCUGCUCAUCAAGCUCAACUGCAACCACAUAUUCACGGUCGAAACUCUUGAUGGAGUUACCGAGUUGGCAUCUCACUACGAUAUCGAUGGUCGAGGCAAGUUGAUGGCGGCGAAGAUCAAGGACGAACCAUCGGAUGUACCAACUUGUCCGACCUGCAGGGCCUCAUUUUUCUCAUUCCGCUAUUCGAGAGUCGUUAAGAGCUCCAUUCUUUCGGUCGGGGAGAAGAAUCUCGUUGCCGUUUCGUCCGCAGGCAUCGAAGAGGUUGGUCGCAUCGCUCAAGGAAUUGACGUCAAGCGCAUCGCCGCUGGCAUAUCGGAAGCUGCUACCAAGAGCAGCGCUCAGCCCUCAACCAAGCGCCAAUUCAUGUACAAACGCUGCCGCCAAUUCCUCCAGGAUGCUCAGCGUAACCAGACAGCUCUUCCCAGCACCGCCUUCUCGUUGCGAGUCGGUAAUGUUUUCGGCUUCAAAGACGUCCGCGCCGCCGAGUGGAACCGACUCGCUCAGCCACUCAUCCGAGCCUAUAAAAUCGCGGUAAACAUCCUCGAGAGACCCUCUCCUCACCUCGAUGCAUACCACUCAGCCCUGAACGCCGCUUUUCGGGCCGUUCGGUCCUCGUCUCGAAACGACCAUGCGGCGAUGAUCAAUGCGAAGCGUGCUGUCGGAGCUCCACCCCCGGGAGGGAAGCAGAAGUACGCUGUCCAGUCGAUGGCCCACCUUGUUCGCAUAAAGCACCAGCUCGCGGAGCUUGCAAGCGAAUUCGCUGCACAGGAGCAGACCCACGGGGACGCCGAAUUCGCCUUUCGAUUCCGCUACCUCGGACACGUCCUCCUCCAGUCUGCUUUUCAAGACGCCCUGAUCGCUCGUCACUGGGCCGCUGAAGCAAGCCUUACUCGACAGGCCUUGCUUGGCAACGUUCUCGUCUUCCGCUCUCAGCUGUUACUCUUCCGACAUGACUCUGUCUCGGAGUCCAAGGUCAUUGGUACCAGUUCUGAUUGCCGACAAGCUCUUUUCGAGCGUUCAGAGAGAACGAUGGAGAAGUCGUACCAGGAGAUCGUCGGAUUCAUCCAGAGCGAGGUUGAUAAGGUCUUCCUUCGAAACGAAAACGAAGUCGACUGGCUCGAGGACAACGUCAAUACUCCCCUCAAAAACCUUCGAGAAGACUGGUCUGCUGUCUCCAAAUCGAUCCUCAUGGGUACAGUCUUCACCGAAGUCACCAAAGAGGAGAGACUCGAGAUCAUCAAAGCCCUUGACUUUGGGUACACAGGUCACUUCUACACCUGUCCUAACGGACAUCCGUAUAUCAUCACCGAGUGUGGAGGCGCCCAACAGGUCUCGCAAUGCCCUGACUGUGGUAGCCGAAUCGGGGGCUCGGGUCACACUCUCAUCGGAGACAACGCCCGGGACACGGUGAUGGAGGAUCUUGCUCGGCAGACUGGAACAGCACGAAGCCCUUGGGCUUGGGGUCAGUAAUCCGCAAGCGUACUCAUAUGUGUUUUGGAUCGUCAGCUUCCUAGAUUGUCUCGCUGGCUUUUUACUAUGCUAUCGUUUUAUGCCAUACAUGCCUACGA